AUGAAGAUGGUUAUGUUCAUUUCCGGCACGGCCUUCAACUUUUGGACCUUCUCACUCCAGGUCUUUCAAGCGGGUCGAGGUCAUUUCGAGACUGUGCCGAUGAGUCUCUCGCCGAAACCCUCGCUUGGCUCGAUAUCCAGACAACUCUCCUCAAAACAAACUCUUCCCAAGGUCACUACUCUCGAAAACUUCCAUCUUGGCAUGACACCGAAGUGCCCACUGCUUUUCGAGAUAUUCUUCAUGCACGUCAGAGCAUGGAUAGACUUUUCUUUCGACCUGCUCGGUAGUCAGAAACGUCUUAGGAAUGACCUCGCAUCCUGGUCAAGGACCUUCGGUACCUACACCAAGAGAAUGUGGCCUGUUAUUGGGGAUCAAGAUAAAGUUGCCUACAGCUACCUACCGGUGUAUCACGAGAUGGCGUUCAUCAUCGUCGAAACCAGUCUCUAUCCAACGGACGAAUCGAUAUUCGACCGCUACACAGACAACUUUGUCUUCAUUUUGUCGGCGAUAAAAGAUAUCCUGGAGGCCAUGUUACCCGUGCCACUAGCUCAUGAGGCAUCGAAGCACUGCACUCAGCGGUUCAGCUACUCUGCUCAAAUGGGUCUGAUCCCGCCGCUUUAUUACACAGCCAUGAAGUGUCGAGUACCAAUUCUCAGGAGACAGGCCGUUGAACUUGUCACCACAGGACUCCACGAAGAAGGCAUUUGGGACACGUCCUUGUCGGCACAGAUGGCCAGAGAAGUAAUCUCGUUGGAAGAAAAAGGCUUAUGUGGAUAG